AUGUCCUUAGUUGCCCCCAAAGAUUACAUGGCUUUGCUUGACAAAGCGGCCUCCUCACUUAAAGAAAAACUCGCUCAAUUCAAAGAUACACCAAUCGUGAGCCCAAGAGUACUCAUCAUCUGUGGAUCUGGAUUGGGAGGCAUCGCCAAUGUGUUAGCGCCAGAACCACGUUUGGAGGUUCCUUACGGUGACAUUCCUGGCUUCAAAACAUCAACUGUGCCUGGUCAUGCUGGAAAGCUCAUCUUUGGUACAAUUGGUGAAAACAAAGUGCCAGUUAUCUGCAUGGUUGGAAGGUUGCACUUCUACGAGGGUUACACUUUCCAAGAAACCACAUUCCCAGUGAGAUUAGCCAAGCUCUUGAACGUGAAGACUGUUGUCGUUACCAACGCUGCGGGAGGCGUCAAUGACAAAUUCAAGCCUGGUGACUUGAUGAUCAUCGAGGACCACAUCAACUUCCCUGGCCUUGCUGGAUUCCACCCAUUGAAGGGUCCUAACUUGGACGAAUUUGGUCCUCGUUUCCAGCCAUUGUCUGACGCUUACAGCCACGAAUUGCGUCACUUGUUCUUCAAGAAAGCCAGUCUGUUGGGCGUGACUCGUGCCAUUUACCAGGGUACCUAUUUUUUUGCAGCAGGCCCCACAUUUGAGUCGAGAGCGGAGGUCCGUAUGAUUCGUACUUUGGGAGGCGAUGCUGUUGGUAUGUCUACUGUGCCCGAAGUCAUCGUGGCUCGUCACAGUGGCAUGGACGUGUUGGCCUUGUCUCUUAUCACAAAUGCUGGUGUAGGUGAAAAGCCUCCUAGUGCAUUCGAAGAAAACCCAAAGCCCUUGGAUGAUGGUAUGGCCUCACACGACGAGGUGUUGGAGAGUGCUAAUGAAGCAUCGAAGGACGUACAGAAGAUCUUCACAGCUACCAUCAAUGAGUUGUGA